GAGUUCCAUAAGUAUCCAUCCAGGAUCCCGCGGGAAUGAAGUGCAACUGAUCACCUUAGAACCCUCAGAGAGGAAACCAACAUGUCGAUGGGGUUCCAUUCUCGCUCUAAAAUUUUCUCCACUUUUCUCCUACUCUCUCUCUUCCAUUUUGCUCACUCCAAAAAACCCAACAUUCUGUUACACUCUGCCUACUCUCAGCUUAAGAACAAUGGCUUUCCCUCGGGUCUUUUGCCUGCAAAUGUUCUUGAUUACAGUUUGAACCAGACAUCUGGUGAUUUCUCUGUUAAGCUUGGAAACCCAUGUCAAAUUACUCUUCCUCCUGAUAAUUACCUCGCAAAUUAUGCGAACACCAUUACUGGUAGGUUAAGGGAAGGGCACAUAGCAGAGCUCAAUGGAAUUAGGGUUAGGGCUUUUUUCAGGUGGUGGUCGAUUACGGGGAUCAAGUCUAGUGGUGAUGAUCUGGUUUUUGAGGUGGGGAUGGUCACUGCUAAAUACCCAUCGAAGAAUUUCGUUGAGAGCCCUGAGUGUGAAGGCUCGGCAUCUUUGCAAUGAGUUUAAACUAAACAAUGCUUGGUUACUCUCUCUCACGCACCUUGUGGUUUAGGACUAAACAAGGAAGAUGACUAGUGCAGGAUGGUGGAGCGGUGUACUAUCUCUCGAAUAGCCUGUCUUGUGACAAGUAUCCUUUUAGUGCAUGAGCCAUGAAUGAAAAUAUGUAAGAACUCUCUGAUUUUAGUUUAGGUUUAUACAUCCCCAAAUGUAAUUAAGCGACUACCUUAUUUUCUGUUAUUUUCGUUUUUAAGUCAAAAUAAGGCUGUCACGUGUAGUGUACAAUGUCUGACUUUAUGAUAUUAUAUACUGGCUUUUAGUGUAAGAGAAGAGAUUGAGCUUGAUUAUUUAAAUAGCACAUAUUGAUA